AUGCGGCUCCCGCCGUCAUCGUCGGCUGCGGUUGCUACGGAAAUAUCCAAGGAUCCCUACGGAUAUUCGAGCUUGGGCUUAAUGCAAGCCGGAAACAAGGAGGAGUUCCUCAAGGACGCGCAGCGUCGCGAGAAGCAGAUCCGUCGCGAGAAGAACAGCGGAUGGGUGGUUGCUUUACGCGAAGCUCGGGUGACUUACAUUGCCGGAAGACCCUUCCAUGGCUACUGGCGCAUAAGGCAGUCUUUGAAAUCUGCUUCGGCUGCAAGCAACCAUGGUGGCUACCAAGAUUUCAGCUUUCCUUUGGAAGACAUUGCUCCCUAUGUUGCUGAAUUUGCUUCCGUGACUGGAAUACCAGUUGGAGGUGUUGACUUCAUUUGGGAGGAGGAGAAUGCAGAUGUGAAGACGAUGCCGUACACUCUUGAGGUUUCGCCCACGAGCGACAUCAACCCGCCAGCACCAUCUUCCUGGAAAAAGACUUACAAGGAGUUCAAGAAGACCAAAGGCUAUCGGAAAGCGUUUCUGGACGUGAGGAGAUCAUGGGCCCAAUUUAUGACUUUGGCGGUCAUUGAUCAGCACGACUCUGAGGGGCUGAAGAGCCCAUCGGGAACAUCAGAGAAACGCGACUCACAGCCUUCUGUGAAAGCAGCAACUUCUUUGGAGCACUGA